AUUGGCCCGAGGUCGGUAUCUCCCCGGAUGAGGUAAGCACUCCUUUCACAUGAACAUGACGUCGUGGGCGCAAGUUCGCGACUUCCUCAUACUCCCUGGUCGUCUCCUCUAUCUUUCUAGACACGAAGUGUUCUACCAGGACGUGCUGGAGCGGCUAUAUGUAUAGGAUUUGGGCGUGUCGCAUUUCAUCAUGGCGCGUGUUCCCCUAAUUGGGAGACUCUUCUGGUUCGAAUACCUGGCACUUUUCGCGUCCUUGAUACUUGUUCUACUCGAAACCAUUAUCCACCUGAUUACAUUUUGCCUUCCAACGCCGAUUAUCAGUUUCUGCUACGAACAAUCAAAGUCAAUUUUCAACAAGUUUAUCUCCACGGAGCCUCGAGAAAAGCGAACGAAGGAGGAAGUCUUCGCGGCCUCGAUCGCAGAGGCGUCGGAUUUUAUCGAGAUAUGCGCGCUUUUCGGGUAUGAAGCAGAGGAGCACAUCGUCCAAACCGGAGAUGGUUAUCUUCUUGGACUACACCGAUUGGCAUACCGGAAGGGUGAAGAGAGCAUGCGAGUGAAUCAAGGUGCUGGUGGACUCAGCAAGAAAGUCGUUUACCUCCAUCACGGGCUUCUCAUGUGCAGUGAGGUGUGGGUUGCCCUAACCGACGAGCAACGGUGUCUGCCAUUCCAGCUGGUUGAAAAAGGCUACGAUGUGUGGCUUGGUAACAACCGCGGAAACAAAUACGCAAAGAAAUGUGUGCGACUCUCGCCUGGCUCGAAUGAGUUCUGGGACUUUUCGAUCGAUCAAUUUGCCUUCCAUGAUAUUCCUGACAGCAUCGAGUACAUCCUUGGAGUGACCUGCCAGCCAUCGCUAUCCUAUAUUGGAUUCUCACAAGGGACAGCCCAAGCUUUUGCAACACUUUCAAUUCAUCCUCUGCUGAACCAAAAGGUUGAUGUAUUUGUGGCACUUGCUCCUGCAAUGGCUCCCUCGGGGCUACGCAAUCGCAUAGUCGACUCCCUGAUGAAGGCAUCGCCUGAUUUCUUGUUCCUACUAUUCGGUCGGCGCAGCAUAUUGUCGUCGACAACCAUGUGGCAAACGAUCCUAUAUCCACCAAUCUACGUCCGCAUCAUCGACAUGGCCCUAUCAACCUUGUUCAAUUGGAAAUGCCGCAACAUCACCCGAGCACAGAAACUGGCCGCCUAUCUCCAUCUGUACUCAUUCACCAGCACCAAAUCUGUCGUCCAUUGGUUCCAGAUUAUCCGCAACAAGAACUUCCAGUUCUUCGACGACGAAACGCACGCCCCCUUCAGCGUCGUCGCAAGUGAGCGUUUCUACAAGCCCGUCAAAUACCCGACCCGCAAUAUUAAGACUCCCACCGUGCUCUUGUACGGCGGCAGUGACAGCCUCGUCGAUAUAAACGUCAUGCUCCAAGGCUUGCCUCGUGGUACAGUCGCCAAGGAAAUUCCUACGUAUGAGCACCUCGACUUCCUAUGGGCUUCGGAUGUCGAUCGCCAGGUGUUUGGUCAUGUCUUUGAUGCACUCGAGACGUAUAGUCGCAAUGCUGUUGAUCCUGCCGAGCCGGCGCUGCUUGAGGCGCAUCAUGAUGGGAAUAUGCUUGUUGAUGGACGUACUUCGAACACGUCUGCACCGCGAAUUCGCUCUAAGGAAGCUAUGUUUACAGGUGCUUGAUAGACCUUCAUUGCAUAGAUUGAUACUUUUAUUGCGUUCCCUCGUUUGCCGUGAUACGUUUGUUACUUUACACAUACCCCAUAUUGCACAUUAUAUUGACUCUUCUGAUUAUCGGCGGUCCGCAUAGACCAUUAUAUCAACCCGUUUUUUAGAUCAAUUCAGUCUUGAUUCUCAAUGCUUCCUAUCAUUUGAUCUAGGGUCCUGUUAAUUAGACAACAGUUUAGGCCGGCAGUCUCCAAAU